AUACCCUUUUUCGUCAUUUAAUAUCUUUCUUCUACCUUCUUUCUCUCUCUCUCUUCUGAAGCACUCAAAAGAGUAAAGUUCUCUGCUUUUAGAUUUCAGCUACUCUCUCUAGAAAAAAUGGCAGGUCGGAUUCAAUCACACCAGCUACCCAAUGGGCUGUUCGUCUCGGGAAAGCUCGAGCAGCCUAAAGAACCGCGACCACCGACAAUGGCGGCUCGCGCUAUGCCUUACACCGGCGGCGACAUCAAGAAAUCCGGCGAGCUCGGAAGGAUGUUCGACAUCUCCGUCUUAGAUCCCCAAGGACCUCCGCCGCCGCUCAUCGUCGGUGGUAACAGCAGCGGCGGGAACUCGAGACAGAUGGCGCCGCCACGUGUCUCCGGCUCGUCUUCGAACCCCAACAGUGGAUCGAGACCCAACUCUGGGACGGUUAAGAAGUCUUCGGGUCCGCUCUCUCAGCUCCAGCCUACCGGUUUGAUAACCUCCGGUUCGCUCGGUGGUUCCGGUCCGAUUGGGUCCGGGUCCAGACGGUCGGGUCAAAUGGACCGCCAAUUUAGUAACUUGGGGUCGAGCAAGGCGAAAUACGGGUCGUCGGUGACGAGCCUGAGCACGGACCCGGUUCGGGUCGGGUUUAAGGUGCCGAAAACGGUUGUUUGGGCGGUGAUGAUUGUGGCGGCGAUGGGGUUGCUCGUGGGGGCGUUUCUAACCGUGGCAGUUAAGAAACCGGUGGUGAUUGCGGCGGUGAUAGCGGCGGUGGUUCCCGCCGUGGUGGUUUUGGUGUGGAAUUGCGUUUGGGGAAGGAAAGGGUUGUUGGGCUUCAUCAAGAAGUAUCCAGAUGCUGAGCUUAGAGGCGCCAUUGAUGGACAGUUCGUCAAAGUUACUGGGGUUGUAACAUGUGGAAGCAUUCCUCUGGAGACUUCGUACCAAAGAACACCAAGAUGCGUCUAUGUUUCCACGGAGUUGUAUGAGUACAAAGGUCUUGGUGGAAGAUCCGCAAAUUCUAAGCAUCGAUGCUUCUCUUGGGGAUCUAGACAUGCAGAGAAAUACGUUUCGGAUUUUUACGUAUCAGAUUUUCAAUCUGGAUUGAGGGCGCUAGUAAAAGCAGGGUAUGGAGCAAAGGUUUCUCCUUUCGUCAAACCGGCGACAGUGGCUGAUGUAACGACUCGGAACAAAGACUUGUCUCCCAGCUUCCUUAAGUGGCUUUCGGAUCGCAACCUCUCUGCUGAUAACCGUGUCAUGCGUCUCAAAGAAGGAUACAUAAAGGAAGGAAGCACGGUGAGCGUGAUGGGAAUGGUGAGAAGACACGACAAUGUUCUGAUGAUAGUUCCUCCUACAGAAGCUGUCUCCAGUGGCUGCCGGUGGUGGCAUUGCCUCCUCCCGACCUACGCAGAUGGUCUAAUCAUCACGUGCGACGAUAAUCAAAACGCUGAUGUCAUCCCGGUCUGAAACCCAACAUGUAUCUAAUGCUUUCUUUUUUUCCCCAAUAUUCAAUGCUUAAGAGGUAGGCUCACGAGACUGAGAGAGCAGGGCCCAGGUUGGUUUAAAAAGGAAACCAGAUGGGCUUUGCCUUUUGCGAUGAUCAUAUUAGCUGUUCUUGUUUCCCCCUGGCUGAGGUUUUUAUGUAAUGUUUGUUUCUGUACAUAACGCUCCAAAUUGUAAAUGUUUAAAUAAAUAUUAUGCUCCAUCUACUA